UUAAAGGAUGAAUGAAUGCCUAUGCAGUGAAUCACGCAAUCCACGUGGGGUGUUGGAAAGUAACCUGCCUAGUUUGAAUAUCACCUGCAUGGACUUCCUCUAGAGACGUCAGAUUCUAGGAUAGUUGUUUUGUUGUUCGAAGUUAGGAAUAUUACCUGUACGUCUAACAACAACUGAGUCGGCGCCCUGUGAAGAAUGAGCUGUAUUAUUCACCUAGACAUGUAACGUAUACGAUUAUAUUAAUCGUUUCUCGCUUUAUUAUCGGAGUUUGUCGAUACUAUAGGCUACUUUAGUCAUAGCACGAGUUCACGACCGUCUUUGUUUUAUUAUUCCGGAAAAAGCCCUUCACACAGAAAUCCAGGAUGAAGACAUGAGGAGGAGAGGACACGCGGUGGAUCAGGGUUUUAACCUCACCUUAACUUUGGAAUGUUUGCCCCCUUAUGAAAUAAACGAAGCAUAUCAUUUCAGGGAGAGGAGGGCACAGAGGAAGUAGGACAGUGGAACAAAGGAAGUUGGACUUGCUAGCUAGGUACUCCAGCCUGUGGCCAUGACUGAGCCCAUGGUCCCCAGUGGCAGCAGCAGUGCUGGCCUGACAUGGGCAAAGAUGUGCAAGGAGUGUGGCCAGCAGCACGAGGGGGGCCAGGAGAACCACCUGUACGAGUACCAGGAUGAGGUAGAUGACGAGCUGGUGUGCCACAUCUGUCUGCAGCCCCUGCUGCAGCCCAUGGACACGCCGUGCGGACACACCUACUGCUUCCAGUGCCUCAGCAGCUUCCUGAAGGAGCAGGACUUCUGUCCUGUGGACCGCCAGCAGCUGCAGCUUCACCAGUGCCGGCCCUCCAGCCUGCUGGUCAGGAACCUGCUGGACAAGCUGACCGUGCUCUGCCCACACCAAGCUGAGUGCCAGCAGCAGAUGCAGCGCUGCGAGCUGCAGCCCCACCUGCACAACAGAUGUCCUGUUUUUAGAAGGCUGAGGGAGGAGGCAGAGAGGAGGAAGAGACCCCCCUGGAAUGAGCUUAAGGGGAACAGGGGUGAGGGGGAGUCGGGCGUUGAUACCAAACACACCCGUACCCCCACCCGGGGCGUCCUGCCCGAGCCUGGCCUCAUCAACCCUGCCUUCGAAGAGAGUGAGGACGAGACCCCCCUGCGGUCCAGCCUGGUGGCCGAGGCCAACGUGGUGGAGAUGUUUCGGGAAGAGCAGGAGUUGGGCCUGCGUAUUGUGGGAGGAAAGGACACGCCCCUGGGGAACAUAGUCAUCCAGGAGAUCAUCCGUGACUCACUGGCGGCCCGUGACGGCAGGCUGGCCCCAGGGGACCACAUUCUGGAGGUGAAUGACGUCAGCCUGGCGUCUAUCCCACACGGCCGGGCCAUCUCCGCGCUGCGGCGGCCAUGCCCUCUGCUCAGACUCAUCGUCAUGCAGGAGAAGGGCUUCAACCCCCGUCACCCGCAACGCCCUGGCCUCGAGCACCACACGCCCCCCUCCACCAUCACGGCCACCGCCUCCCCUCCCACUCACAGUCCCCACGGCACCGCCCACAGCCAGGGUACGGUGAUCCAGGUGACGCUGGUGAAGAGGGACCGCUCGGAGCCGCUGGGCAUCAAACUGAUCCGCAAGUCGGACGAGACGGGGAUCUUCAUUCUGGACCUGCUGGCGGGGGGGCUGGCGGCCAAGGACGGGAAACUAUGCAACAAUGACAAGGUGCUGGCAAUCAACGGGCAGGACCUGAGACACGGCACCCCAGAGAGCGCAGCACAGAUCAUACAGGCCAGUGAGGUGCGGGUGAACUUUGUGGUGAUGAGGCAGCGGGAGCCCCAGGAGGAGGGGGGCAGCGGUGGAGCGGGGCAGGGCCGAGUGGCCAGGAGGGCUCCAGAACCCCAGUACUUCAGACGCCCCUCCACCUACAUGAAGGAUCCUCCAGGGGGCUUCUCCAGCCAGGAGAAGACGGUGAGUCUGAAGAAGGAGCCAAGACUCUCCCUGGGCAUCACCAUCGCUGGGGGGAGGGACUGCCGCAGUCGCCUGCCCGUCUACAUCACCAGUGUCCAGCCUGUCGGCUGCCUACACCGAGACGGCACUAUCAAAAAAGGGGAUGUCCUGCUGAGCAUCAACGGCGUGGAUCUGACCCAGCUGACCUACAAUGAGGCGGUGUCGGUGCUGAAGGCUCAGACGGCUCAGGCCCAAGUGGUCCUCAGGGUCAUCCAGACCAUCUCAGAGGAGCCAGAGGACGAGGGGGAGGCCGCCAAGGAGGCCAUGGAAUCUGUGGAGAACCCAAGGGAGGAUGACGCCAACUGGGCCCCACAGUGGACCCGCUGGCUGGGCCUGCCCAGUCACAUGCACUGGUGCCGUGACAUUGUGUUGCUGAAGACCAAUCAGGAGAGCUGGGGCUUCAGCAUUGUGGGCGGCUACGAGGAGAGCCAUGGACAGCAGCCCUUCUUCAUCAAGACCAUCGUGCCUGGUACACCCACCCACCUCGACGGACGCCUCAAGUGUGGUGAUGAGAUUGUAGCUGUGAACGGAGCCACCACGGUGGGCAUGAACAACUCGUCCCUCAUACCCAUGCUCAAGCUGCAGAAGAAUAAAGUCACACUGACUGUGGUGUCCUGGCCGGGGAGCCUGGUGUAGAUACACACACACACACACACACACACACACACACACACACACACACACACACACACACACACCCCAUGCCUUGCUCCUGUCUCCACUGACUGUGGUGUCCUGGCCGGGGAGCCUGGUGUAGAUACACACACACACACACACACCCUGCCUUGCUCCUGUCUCCACUGACUGUGGUGUCCUGGCCGGGGAGCCUGGUGUAGAUACACACACACGAAGAUACACACACAGAUAGACACACACACAGACGCACACCCUGCCUUGCUCCUGUCUCCACUGACUGUGGUGUCCUGGCCGGGGAGCCUGGUGUAGAUACACACACACACGAAGAUACACGCACACACACACACACACACAGACGCACACCCUGCCUUGCUCCUGUCUCCACUGAGCCUCUUGUCAUCUCUGCACACAACACCCUAGAAUCUCAUUUGUGACAUUCUUGGAAAGAUGGUUACUUCUCCGAUUUUAUUGUUAAUUUCACUAGAUAAUCUCUUCUGAUGUGGAUUGUAAUAUAGAUUGUCAAUUUGCACAUUGCUCUAGCUGACUAGUGUGACUGAAUUUCACAUUUGAUUUGUUUCACUGCUUUGGUUAUUGUUGUUGUUACUCAAAAGGGCCAUUGAUUGUCUGGCUGAACAAAUUGGGUUUAUCAGGGUGAAGGAUGAAUUGACAAUCAAUGAACUAUUAAAAGUUGGAAUCCUUAA